AUGUUACUCACAGAGCGCCGCCUUCGCUGGUUAGGGCACAUUCUCCGUCAUCCAUCACAGGAGUUGACGUAUAUUUCGUUAUUUGCUAAACGGUGUGACGGUUGGCGUCAAAAGCGAGGUGGGCCAACCUGGACUGAUACGGUAAGAAAAGAUUUUGAACGUAUAGGUGAACCAGCAAUAUAUGGAUUUAGACGAUGGAAAAAGGAAUGGCUUCCAUUACUGUCGACGAUGGCAUCAGACCGCGCCGCUUGGAAGCGUCUUACCCUUGUAGCCAUUGGAGCCAGCCUAACCAGUUAUGGUGAGAGCUGUUAG